AGCAGUGACAUAGUGUACACAACAGUACGGCGGCGGUGGUGGGUUAUAUUGCAAUGACAGCCGCUUUUCUUGAACGGGGUUAAGAGUAAAGUGUGACCAGCACUUUUCCAGUGCGAAACGUAAUGUUAUUCAUUUUCUAGGAUUCUCUAUUGACUAUAGAAAUAUGGAAAUACGCCCAAGACUGCGAGGAAUACCUCGACUGAUUAAACGGAUAAUUUUGUUUUGAGGUUCAACUCGCCGAAGAUGUCCACCAGCGACAGUGUUAUGGCUCUGUCAAUGCACGUCAAGAGGACGGUGUGCGUUUUAGUGUUUCUUACACUUCAGUGUGUAGCUUUUGUGAACUCUAGAGACUUACUGACAAGCACGCUGGUAACAUUUGAAGAAUUUGUUUGUGACUACAACUACCUCGAUGUGACGUGCCCCAAGGAGACGGCCAUCAGUAUCCAGUUUGCCCACUAUGGUAGACAGGUCCCAAACUCAGAAAUGUGCCCCCCACGUGCCAAGUUAUCCGAUUUUUAUGGCAAUAGUCGUGCAGAUACAAACUGCCUGGCAACUUCAUCAUUAGAGGUGCUAUUAGAUGUCUGUGAAAACAAACGCCACUGUUUUCUCCAUGCCACUACCACCACAUUUGGAAAGGACCCCUGUCCCGGCACCAGCAAAUACUUGGAAGUGGCUUACAAGUGUGUUCCUAAGGAGUUUCGUAGCAAAGUUGCUUGUGAAAAUCAACAAAUGCAUCUCAGGUGCCAGAAGUCCACCAGGAUAUUUGUUUAUAAAGCAAUGUUUGGGAGGUUUUCCCAGGGUCACUCUGAGUGCCCCAGCACUGGGAUUGGAGACACAGAAUGCCAAUCAGAAGCUGCCUUAGAUCAGGUUGUGAAAAGGUGCCAUGGGCGUCGCCAUUGUGCCAUGACUGCAAACACUCGUAACUUUGGAGAACCGUGCUCACCAGGGACAUAUAAAUACCUGAUUGUUGUUUACACAUGUAUGCAAGUGCUAUUAGAUGUCUGUGAAAACAAACGCCACUGUUUUCUCCAUGCCACUACCACCACAUUUGGAAAGGACCCCUGUCCCGGCACCAGCAAAUACUUGGAAGUGGCUUACAAGUGUGUUCCUAAGGAGUUUCGUAGCAAAGUUGCUUGUGAAAAUCAACAAAUGCAUCUCAGGUGCCAGAAGUCCACCAGGAUAUUUGUUUAUAAAGCAAUGUUUGGGAGGUUUUCCCAGGGUCACUCUGAGUGCCCCAGCACUGGGAUUGGAGACACAGAAUGCCAGUCAGAAGCUGCCUUAGAUCAGGUUGUGAAAAGGUGCCAUGGGCGUCGCCAUUGUGCCAUGACUGCAAACACUCGUAACUUUGGAGAACCGUGCUCGCCAGGGACAUAUAAAUACCUGAUUGUUGUUUACACAUGUGUUCCAAAGAGAGUCAUGAAGAAGGGAUUUAAUAUUGAAUCCCUGUUUACAACGCCAUCUACAACCGUCACCAGUACAACCAUCCCAACAACAAAGAUCAGACAUGACAAUCAUGGAGGAAGAGGAGGAAAAAAUAAUGGAAGAGGAAGGUCUCCAGACUCAUCACACCCUGUGGACCCCACUUCAAAUCCCAGGGAUGAAGACUACUUCUACGAAGGAGGAGGGAAUUCAGGGCCUGAGUUGAGCGGGGAAAAUAAUGAGAAUGAGCAGAGAGGAAGACAUAAUUCUGGUUAUGACUUAAAUAAUGGAAAGUCACCGAGUGGAAGUGCAGAUAAACUACCAGCAUAUGUCAAUACAAAAUUUCAACAUGUGCUGUUCACUGAAUCUCCAUCCAGGGAAAAAGCCACACCUAAAGCCAGUGAACCUGCCACCACCAGUAGUCCAAACAUGUCCACCUUUACCAUCUGUAUCAACUACACAGAGGGGAUACAUAUAGCAGAAAGUAAAACAAGAGGAGACCGAGAUCAUAUAGGAUUUGUUGUUGACUGGAUCAACACUAAACAGUAUUUAGAUAGUAAUCAAGAAAAACUUAUCCUUUAUCUAGUCGUGAGCCUCUGCAUAGGACUCAUUUUAGUUUUACUUGCAAUCAUUGUUAGACUGUCUUAUGUACAUAGAAAACACAAAAGAGUAAAACUAGACAUUUCUGAACCAGUGGCAAAUCAUAGACUUACCCCUAGUAGAGAUCUCAACUUUGACCUCUAUAGCAAUUAUGACAAUUUUGAUGUUGGCCUAGAUCCAGGGCCUGUGCGAUUCCAUGGGAGGAACACGUUACGAGGAGAUGACGAGCCAGGGGAGCGAAGUCUGAACAAUUACUAUGGAUGAUGGAGUCGAUGUCCGUAGCACAAGAAUGGUGCUUACAAAUGUGAUGGAGUAUGUCUCCUUUCAUGAAGGCAGCAUGGUGUAUUCCUCAGAUCUGUGGCUCAAGUGUCCUGUUACUGUCACCAAUGUGUAGCAUACCUGAAGUGCUUUAGUUUCUCUACUGGGAUUGGUUGCCAUAGUUAUAGUAGUGCCAUAGUUGUUAUUCACAUCCUCUCCAUCCAGUGCAAUAUUCUCUUGUAUGUCCUGUAAUGAAUCUAUGCAGUGUCUGAAUAUACAAGAACGUAUUGAUUCAGCAAAAACCUAGGUUCCAGUAUUAUAAUACAGUUAUUGGUUCAAAUGCAAAACAUCAAUUUUGGUUAUUUUUGGUAAUAGAUCAGGAGUCUCAGAGUUAUACACUCAUCUGAAGCAAUGUUAUAUGGGAAGGUACUAAAUGGUAUGAGUAUAUAUAAAUACACCAUUUAGUUAUUUGGUUGAAAUUUUGUAUUUUGGACCUCUAAAGAUAGGAUUUGACGUGUCAGAAAGAUGCUUGUGUUUGCAAUUAGACUGAGACUACCCACAAUCUUGUUUCAUGAGUGAUAUUAUGACACUUGCUGAGAGGAAGAGAAAUUUGGGGAAUCAAUUGUUAUUUUAGAGUGAGUUGUUAAACACCUGUUUACUGAAGUAUUUAUUCACAGCUUGCCAUUCCCACUGCCUCAGUGUAAGGCUGUCAAGGCACAAAUUUUAUUAGAUGUCAUGGUCUUUUUCUUCAGUUUUUGUAAGCAUUAAUGCUUAACUGUGUGCAUGUGCUUUUUAAUUGGCAAGUUUUACUUAAUCUUUUAUACACAUUUGAAGGCACACAUUUACAUGUUGUUUUCUUGAAAGUUACUGCUCUUCCCUAUAGACUGUUCCAGAUAUGAAAACAUAUGUUACCUAUGAUGACCAAACAAAACAUGCUACUAUUUGGCCAUGUAUGUAGCUUAUGUUUGACAGGUACUUGAAGAUAAGAUGAGUUUUCUUAUAGAUUUUAAAGAGCCCUAACUUUAUUGUGAAAGUAUGAUAGCUAGAUUUUGCAAGCCAUAGGUUUUAACUUCAACCUUGCUAAAAUAAUUUGAAGUGUGAUGGAUAUGACCAGGUUUUAACUUUGAACAGCAUAAAGCUGAUUAGUUUGACAUGAUAUAUAAAAAGUUGGAUAUGGGCUUUUCCGUAAACAUAUGUUUUUCAAAUGAUAUAUUUCAAGGCUUAGUAUUGCAAGGUCAUUAUAUGCCAGCCACAGUGUGGAUGAUGACCAUUUCCAGACAAAGACCUACAAAACAUAUACCCUCUACCAGGGCGACUGAUAGAUUUUUUACAGAUAUUCACAGAUAUGUCUCUAGAUAGAUAG